UCCAUCCACACUCUACUGUAUUCCAUCCUAACUCUACUGUAUUCCAUCCACACUCUACUGUAUUCCAUCCACACUCUACUGUAUUCCAUCCACACUCUACUGUAUUCCAUCCUAACUCUACUGUAUUCCAUCCACACUCUACUGUAUUCCAUCCACACUCUACUGUAUUCCAUCCACACUCUACUGUAUUCCAUCCACACUCUACUAUAUUCCAUCCACACUCUACUGUAUUUCAUCCACACUCUACUGUAUUCCAUCCACACUCUACUGUAUUCCAUCCUAACUCUACUCUAUUCCAUCCACACUCUACUAUAUUCCAUCCACACUCUACUGUAUUCCAUCCACACUCUACUGUAUUCCACCCACACUCUACUGUAUUACAUCCACACUCUACUGUAUUCCAUCCACACUCUACUGUAUUCCAUCCACACUCUACUGUAUUCCAUCCACACUCUACUGUAUUCCAUCCACACUCUACUAUAUUCCAUCCACACUCUACUGUAUUCCAUCCUAACUCUACUGUAUUCCAUCCACACUCUACUGUAUUCCAUCCACACUCUACUGUAUUCCAUCCACACUCUACUGUAUUCCAUCCACACUCUACUGUAUUCCAUCCACACUCUACUGUAUUCCACCCACACUCUACUGUAUUCCAUCCACACUCUACUGUAUUCCAUCCACACUCUACUGUAUUCCACCCACACUCUACUGUAUUCCAUCCACACUCUACUGUAUUCCACCCACACUCUACUGUAUUCCAUCCACACUCUACUGUAUUCCAUCCACACUCUACUGUAUUCCAUCCACACUCUACUGUAUUCCAUCCACACUCUACUGUAUUCCAUCCACACUCUACUGUAUUCCAUCCACACUCUACUGUAUUCCAUCCACACUCUACUAUCCACACUCUACUGUAUUCCAUCCACACUCUACUGUAUUCCAUCCACACUCUACUGUAUUCCAUCCACACUCUACUGUAUUCCAUCCACUCUACUGUAUUCCAUCCACACUCUACUGUAUUCCAUCCACACUCUACUGUAUUCCAUCCACACUCUACUGUAUUCCAUCCACACUCUACUGUAUUCCAUCCACAGUCUACUGUAUUCCAUCCACACUCUACUGUAUUCCAUCCACACUCUACUGUAUUCCAUCCACACUCUACUGUAUUACAUCCACACUCUACUGUAUUCCAUCCACACUCUACUGUAUUCCAUCCACACUCUACUGUAUUCCAUCCACACUCUACUGUAUUCCAUCCACACUCUACUGUAUUCCAUCCACACUCUACUGUAUUCCAUCCACACUCUACUGUAUUCCAUCCACACUCUACUGUAUUCCAUCCACACUCUACUGUAUUCCAUCCACACUCUACUGUAUUACAUCCACACUCUACUGUAUUCCAUCCACACUCUACUGUAUUCCAUCCACACUCUACUGUAUUCCAUCCACACUCUACUGUAUUCCAUCCACACUCUACUCUAUUCCAUCCACACUCUACUGUAUUCCAUCCACACUCUACUGUAUUCCAUCCACACUCUACUGUAUUCCAUCCACACUCUACUGUAUUCCAUCCACACUCUACUCUAUUCCAUCCACACUCUACUGUAUUCCAUCCACACUCUACUGUAUUCCAUCCACACUCUACUGUAUUCCAUCCACACUCUACUGUAUUCCAUCCACACUCUACUGUAUUCCAUCCUAACUCUACUGUAUUCCAUCCACACUCUACUGUAUUCCAUCCACACUCUACUGUAUUCCAUCCACACUCUACUGUAUUCCAUCCACACUCUACUGUAUUCCAUCCACACUCUACUGUAUUCCAUCCACACUCUACUGUAUUCCAUCCACACUCUACUGUAUUCCAUCCACACUCUACUGUAUUACAUCCACACUCUACUGUAUUCCAUCCACACUCUACUGUAUUCCAUCCACACUCUACUGUAUUCCACCCACACUCUACUGUAUUACAUCCACACUCUACUGUAUUCCAUCCACACUCUACUGUAUUCCAUCCACACUCUACUGUAUUCCAUCCACACUCUACUGUAUUCCAUCCACACUCUACUGUAUUCCAUCCUAACUCUACUGUAUUACAUCCACACUCUACUGUAUUCCAUCCACACUCUACUGUAUUCCAUCCACACUCUACUGUAUUCCAUCCACAGUCUACUGUAUUCCAUCCACACUCUACUGUAUUCCAUCCACAGUCUACUGUAUUCCAUCCACACUCUACUGUAUUCCAUCCACACUCUACUGUAUUCCAUCCACACUCUACUGUAUUCCAUCCACACUCUACUGUAUUCCAUCCACACUCUACUGUAUUCCAUCCACACUCUACUGUAUUCCAUCCACACUCUACUGUAUUCCAUCCACACUCUACUGUAUUCCAUCCACACUCUACUACUGCCAUACAACCUAUUCAUCCUCUAG